AUGCCGCAUCAAUCUCAACCGUUGCCCGUUGGUGUCCCUAACCCAACAAUGAUGCAUGCUCGGUUAGGUCAACUUGCCAUGCAGAUUACACAAACUCUUCCUACCGCGUUGAUGGAGUACCAUGAGGUUCAACGCCUCACCGACCGGGACAGGCCGCACAUCAAGAACUUCGCUUUGAAGAGAUUCGUCGCCAUUCCCGAGCCCCUAAGAGACCCACUACGGGAAAAGGUGUUAUCGCAACUGGCUCCCCAGCACGCCCAACAGAUUCGAGCAAUGGGAUUGGACCCGUUGAUGAUCUUCUUCGAACAUCAAAGUUUGAUGCAAGUGCGUCGGAGUUUGGCGGCGCAGUCACGUCAAGGCAUGGCACCGCAUCCUCAACAAGUUCCUCAACCGCACAACCAAGUUAAUCCUGCUUUGAUGAAUCCGCCGGGCCAAUCUCAUGGUGUUACCGAUGGGCAGCUCCUCCCGCCUAACCUUGAGGCAAUCCGAAACGAGCAGCAAAUGGGCCUGCGUGCCCAGGAAGCCGGCCAGGUUGUCGUGCCAGCAAGUUCAGGUCCCGGGGCCCCCGGACGCAAUGCCACCCCUGGCCCCAUGAUCAACCACAUACACACGGCGGCUGCUCAGCAAGGACCAAACCAAACGCCGCGGCCACCGCCUUCGGCGCCGCCCGGAUUCCACCACCAACAGGUCCGGAUGGAAACGUUGAACCCCACACAGGUACAGGCACAGGCACAGGUACCGAUAAGGGGACAAGGACCGAACCGGCACGCGCAAGGGCAGCCUGGAGGGCUUGGAGGACUUCCUACAGCUUCGCAGAGUCCCGCAAUCAAUAAUAUGGCGGCACCGAUGCAACAGUCCCCCGCUCCCAUGGCCCAGGGGAUGAGGACAACGCUGAACCCGUCGUUCAACCACCACGCGAACGCGAGGCCGCCAUCAAUGCAGGGUAACAUCAGCGCCAGCAAUCCUGCGAUGGCCGCGAUGCUGGGUAAUCUGAAUCCGAACAGUGGUAGUGUGCCGGGAGGCUUGCCUGAAAGCCAGAUCAAGGAUAUGAUGGCCAAGUGGGAACAGCAGAGGAACACCACGGGCAACGCUCAACAGUUACCCAAGCAUCCUCAAGUGUCCGGCAUGCCAGCUCAACACCAGCUGAUGGGCGCUGUCAACACCCCCAACCAACCGGUGAACAUUGGGAACGCUCAGCAGCCCGGUGGUAUGAUGCCGCCUGGUAUGCAGGCAGGCCCUGGUCAACCACAGCUGAACGGUCCGCAGAAUGCACAAACUGCGACGAUGGCAGCCCUUACCACCAACCCUUGGGCGAUACAAAUGGUCGACAAUUUGGAUAUUCCCGCAGAUGCGCUAAAUGCAUUGCGUGGGAUCGUACAGCCCGUGAUCCUGCCUCCAAAUAUGAAGAAAUGGGUUCAUCUAAAGGCCUGGCACCAGACAGCAGGCCUACCUCCUCAUGUUCAGGACAAGGUCGCCCAGGUGUUGACUACUUUCCAGCAGCAACAGAUCCGGCAGCUAUAA